AUGAUGCACCACCACCGGAAGGGCGAGGCGGCGGCAGAGGAUCCGCUUCCGCUGCCGGCGGAAGAGUCAGGCGGCGUCAAGAUGAAGGAGCUCCGGGGCCGCCUGGCAGACUACACCUGCCAACACCGGAAGCACGGCCACGAUGCGCUGCUCCGCAUGCUUGCCAGCUUCGCGCUCGUAUCCUGCCUCCUCCUGCUGCUUCCGGGCAGCCCCGUCUCCGCAACCAUGGACGAGCUGCUGCAGCUAGGGAGGAGGGCGCGGCACGACGACGAGGGACCGGCGCCGCCGUGCGCCGAUGUGGCCAACGGCACCCUCUGCUGCGACCGCACCGCGCUCCGCACCGACGUCUGCGUCAUGCGCGGGGACGUCCGCACCCAGGCCGCCUCCCACUCGCUCUUCGUGCUGCUGCCGCCCAACUCCAACUCGUCUCGACCGGCCACCGACGAGCGCAUCCGCCCAUACACGCGCAAGUGGGAGUCCAGCAUCAUGAGCACCAUCGACGAGCUCCGCCUCCGCUCCGCGCCCGAGGGAGACGCCGCCGCGCCCGGCAGCUGCGACGUCCGCCACGACGUCCCCGCCGUCGUCUUCUCCACCGGCGGCUAUACGGGCAACGUGUACCACGAGUUCAACGACGGCAUCAUCCCGCUCUACAUCACCACGCGCCACUACAACAAGAAGGUGGUCUUCGUCAUGCUCGAGUACCACGACUGGUGGAUGACCAAGUACGGCCACAUCGUUGAGCAGCUCUCCGACCACCCGCCCAUCGAUUUCACCAACGACCGCCGCACGCACUGCUUCCCCGAGGCCGUCGUUGGGCUUCGCAUCCACGACGAGCUUGCCAUCGACGCCGUGCGGAUGCCAGCCAACCAGACGAUCCAGGAUUUCCGCCAGAUGCUCGACCACGCUCACCGUGGUCGCAUCCAGACAAUCGUCAAGGAGGAGGAGGAGAAAGAAGCUGCUGCUGCGAGGAGACAGCAACGUCAUCGAUCAAGCAAGCGGAGCCGGCGCACCAAGACAGAUGAGGGUGACAAGCCUCGGCUCACGAUCAUCUCUCGGAACGGGUCGCGCGCGAUCGAGAACGAAGCUGAGCUGGUUCGCGCCGCUGCCGGCGCCGGGUUCCGCGUCGCCGUGCUCCAGCCACGCCAGGACACGGAGCUCGCCAAGAUGUACCGCGCCCUGAACGCCUCGGACGUCAUGGUGGGCGUGCACGGCGCGGCCAUGACGCACUUCCUUUUCAUGCGCCCGGGCUCGGUGUUCAUUCAGGUGGUGCCGCUUGGCACCGACUGGGCCGCCGAGACGUACUACGGCGAGCCUGCCCGGCGGCUGGGCCUACGCUACAUGCCGUACAAAAUCCUGCCGUCCGAGAGCUCGAUUUACGGGCAGUACGCCAACGACGACCCGGUGCUGACUGACCCGGAUACCGUGAACGCCAAGGGGUGGCAGGUCACCAAGCAGGUUUAUCUGGACGGCCAGAAGGUGCGGCUGGACAUGGCACGGUUCCGCCGCCGGUUGCGCGAGGCGUAUGGCCACUGGGCGCAGCAGAGGCAGCGCCACCGUGCGGGAUUGGUGGUGGAACACAGGAUAUUAUACCAUUGA